AUGAAACUUUCUCCCUUGGUUCUCGUAUUGAUUAUGAUUUUCAAAGCCGUUGGUGGGUACAGAAAAUGCCCAUCGGGCAGGCAGUGGAAUCCAAACAAAAAGUGUAUAAAAUAUUACUUUGGCUCAUACAUUAAUAACUAUAAAAAAGGUGAGGCGAGACUAUUAAAAGUAAUGACAACUAAUUUUUACGUUAAUCCAGACAAAACCCACAAAGCAUAA